UUUGCGAGCAAGUUAUGGGACAUAGUGAGCUGUAAACUGACGGCGCCGAGACCCUGCGGAACCAAAGUGACCUGCCAGGCAACCGAGAACGAGUGACGACGACGUGCUAACGAGUUAGCCGGAUAGCUACCGCUAUCUGGUGUGUGCGCGGUGGAGGCGAUUUAUAUAUGAUAUAGAGUAAUAUUCCAGAAUAUAUUGCAUUUUAUUUUAGGUUAGCCACCCAGGUAAUUUAAUAAUGCCCAGCAAAAAGAAGAAAUACAACGCCAGAUUCCCUCCGGCAAGGAUUAAGAAGAUUAUGCAGACAGAUGAAGAAAUAGGCAAAGUGGCUGCAGCAGUACCUGUUAUUAUUUCGAGAGCCCUGGAGCUUUUCUUGGAAUCAUUGCUUACAAAGGCUUGUCAAGUCACCCAGUCUAGGAACGCAAAGACAAUGACGACGUCACAUUUAAAGCAGUGUAUCGAGCUGGAGCAACAGUUUGAUUUCUUAAAAGACCUGGUGGCAACGGUGCCAGACAUGCAGGGCGAGGGAGAGGAGAACCACACCGAGGGGGGAGGAGAAAAAGUCCCACGCAGGGGUCGAAAACCAGGGUCUGGCCGCAAGAAUGGUGGAGCUGGUUCUAAAGGCAAAGACAAGAAGCUGUCCGGCACAGAGUCGGAACAAGAGGACGACACGGAGGACAGCGAGACAGACGGUGACGAGGAGGACGGCUCUCAGUCAAGCACAAAUCAGCAGGCCGCAUCCAGGUUUCACAGCCCUAACCCACCCCCCCACUACAUGCAGAUGGGCAACAUGGGCAGCAUGACCCCAGCACAGCCCCAGAGCGGCAUGGCCUUCGUCCCCCACCCCUCCAUGAUGAGCGACGCACCGCCUCCCCCACCGCCCGCGACGCACAAAACCGAGGACGACGACGAUGAAGACUAUGACUCUUAGCUCCCCUCUGCCGUCUACCCCGCCCCCCCCUUACCCCCUCACACGCACGCACACACACAAACACACACACGGUCUCUCUUUCAACGUUCUUUUUCGAUUUCUUAAGUUGCUCUCACGGCGGCCGCUCUCAGCAAAGGAGGGAAGGACUCUUCAUCGCAGCCCGUUGACAGAAAAGCGCUCGACAGCUGGCUGUGAGAGACGCCGCCACCGGGGAGACAGGAAGCUGGUUGUAAAUUAUGUGUUUUAAUUUUCAGUUUUUUUUAAGAGGAAAAAAAAAAAAGGUUUUAUUUUAUUGCAGAGGAGAAUCCAACCAGGAUGUUUUUUAACAAGUAAGUUGUUCAGUUUUUGACUAUUAAAAAUGGCAGUCGUCACUGUUUUUCUUUUUUUCCCCUUUUUUUUUUGUCUUCCCACGAGCCCCCCCCCCCACACACCCCCAGCUCCCCAACCCCUCCCGCAGACAGGAUAGGUGCGGUUUGUGUCGCCUCGUAGCGUUUUUUCUUUUGGCACUUUCCUUUCUUCUUCAAUCAUCAGUGAUACACAUGAAAUCAACAUAUCACUCAAACCCUCAGGUUGGCUUAAAAAAAAAAAAUUCAAUAAGUUAAAGCCUUUGAUGCUCAUACAAAGACUGCGACUUUAGAUUUGUUCAGGGUAACAGUGUGUCAAGUAUUCGGAAGGCGAUCAGCACCCGUCUGAGGUAACAGAGGUCGUCGUCUCACCCACGAAGCUGUUAUGUUACUAUGUUAUCGAUUGGCUCUGAAACUCAGCGGUUAAAGAUACGAGCCCCACUUCCCGGCUUUGUCACAACUCGCUAGUCAGUCCAAUUGUCAGGCUGUAACAUAAACAAGGAAGCAGGUGUAUUUUUACUAUAGGUUAGCUUACCGCAGCUUUUUUCCCCUCCAAUUUCUUUCUAUUUUUAAUUCACGUUUUUAUCAAGAGAACUGUAAAACUCCAUCACCGCUGCCCUGAAGUCAACCAUAUCAACAGGUUAAAGAUUCCCAUUCUGUUUUGUUGUUUUUGACGCUGUCUUUGCUCUGACGGUCACACCUGGUAUAUAAUUCUUUAUGAUCAUGAACAUGAAAUCCCCCCCACCCCCCUCUCAAUGUCAAUCAUAAGUAUACUGUGACACUUGGACCAUAACUUUGUUUUUAAAGUUGUUUGUCUCCUCUGUCCUCUUUCAUUUCUAUUCUGGCCACCCCCUCCCAAUUAUGAGUAACUCUCUUCUUUUACGUUCAACAUUUCCCCCCCCUACCCCCCAUUUCCCACCUCUUUUAGAUUGUUUUAAAUAUAUCCAUUGAAAGCAGAGAUGGGGCUCCCAUUUAUGUGUCAGUCUCAGUAUGUAAUGUUGACACUGUAUUGUAAACUUUUAACAUUCUUUUUAUUUUGUAUGGGUGAAAUAAAGUUCACAUUUCAAUUAAAAAAAAAAAAAGAAAAA